AUGGGGAAGAUUAAGAAGAAAGGUACUGUCUACUCCAGAACCUCUGGCCAGGCCAAAAACUACAUUACAAGAACACAGGCCGUGAGAAAGCUGCAAAUUUCACUCCCCGAUUUCAGGCGACUAUGUAUUUUUAAGGGAAUCUAUCCUCGCGAACCUAGGAACAAGAAAAAGGCCUCAAAGACAGCAACCCCAAACACCACUUUUUACUACACUCGAGAUAUACAAUAUCUGCUUCAUGAGCCACUCCUAAAUAGGUUUCGCGAACAGAAAGCCCUUUCAAAGAAGAUUGCCAGAGCCCUCGGACGUGGCCAGGUUGGAGAUGCAUCACGCUUGGAGAAGAACCUUGCACCAAAGCUUACCCUUGAUCAUCUUGUCAAGGAGCGCUAUCCUACAUUCAUCGAUGCUCUGCACGACCUAGAUGAUGCUUUGUCGCUACUAUUCCUUUUCGCCAACCUCCCAUCUACUGCAACCGUUCCCCCAAAGACCAUCGCCCGCUGCCAAAGGCUAUGCCAUGAAUUUCAGCAUUACCUGAUUGCGACCAACUCGCUUCGCAAAUCUUUCCUCUCGAUAAAGGGAAUCUACUAUCAAGCUACAAUCCAGGGUCAGGAUAUAUUAUGGCUCGUUCCAUACCGCUUCGUGCAGCAGGUAGCUGGCGAUAUUGACUUCAGAAUCAUGGGAACAUUUGUAGAGUUCUACACAACUCUGCUUGGUUUUGUUAACUUCCGUCUGUAUACCUCCAUUGGACUUGUGUAUCCUCCAAAGUUUGAUGUUAGGAGUGAUGAGCAGGGCGCAGAGCUUGCGGCCUUUACUUUGGAAGGCAGGAAAAUUGAAGAUGGCAACCAUGCUGCUAUCGAAGCCGCCGAAAAUAAAGAAUCAGAAUCAGUUUCAAAGGAGGUUCAGGAAAAAGUUAACACAAUCCUAAAGAAUGUCAAAAUCGACACGACCUCUGAAGCCCCAGCAGAGGAGACUCCGGCUGAACGUGAGGAUGCAAUUGAUACCUUUGAGCCAACAGCGCCAGAUGCGGACACUCUCCCCCAGCCGCAAAUUAGUGGGAAUGAAGCUGCCGCCUUAUUUGCACCACUUACCAUUUUCAUCUCAAGAGAAGCCCCUCGUGCGCCUCUUGAAUUUCUGCUACGUGCCUUUGGCUGUAAGCGUGUAGGAUGGGAUUCCGUGCUAGGAGACGGAGCAUUCACGCAUAACGAAUUGGACCCCAGGAUAACACAUCAAAUUGUUGAUCGUCCCCCUCUCGCAGAGUCGGCCCUUCCUCCAUUACCCCAGAAUCCUCAAGAAGGCGAAGAAUCAAUUCCUAGAGUACGACCUGGGCAUAGAAUUCCCGGUCGGAUAUACAUCCAGCCCCAAUGGGUAUGGGACUGCGUGAAUGAUGGGAAGCUUCUCAGGCCAGACCUCUAUGCACCUGGUGCUAUUCUACCUCCUCAUCUUAGCCCAUGGGUUAAGCCAUCUAAUGGCGAGUAUGACCCUCGAAUGAGCCUGGCGGACCAAGAAGAAGAAGGCGAAGCCGAGAGGGCUGCCGAGGAAGAGGAGGAGAGUGAAGAGGAGGAAGAGGGAGAGGAAGAAUCUGCAGAGGCGGAUGAGAAGGAAGGUGCCGUUGAUGAAGAAGAAGAAUCUGAUAAAGAGUCACUAAAUGGUGGCAUGGAUAUUGCAAACUCAGAUGAGGAUGAAGAGGAAGACAGCGACGCCGAUGCGGAUGAAUCUUUUGGUGGCUUUGGCGAGGAGCCAGACUUCAACGAAGAAUCCGAAGAUGAAGCUGAUGCAGCCCAGAAACAGCAUCAAAAGGAGCUAGAAGCGGAAGCAUUGGGUCUGCAGCCGGUAAACGAGCCCGAGUCGGCAAAGAAAUCGAAGAAGAAGGGCCAGGGAGCCAAGUCCAAGCAGUACGCCGCCGAGAAAAAGAAGGCCGAAGAAGAACUUGAACGGCAGAAGAUGAUGCUCAGCCGGAAGAAGCGAAAAUUGCUCGAUAAAAUGCUGUACUCGAACAAGAAGAAGGAGGAAGAAGCAGAGAAGCUCAGAAGGAAACGACGGAAGAUUGAGCAGGGUCUUACGAAAAAAUGA